UAACAGAGCCGCAUGUGACACAACAGGUGUAUCCUCGUAAAUAGUUCUUAUUUUAAAUUUCAGUUUUAAUUAUUAUUGAUUAGUAUAAAAAUAUUCUGGAUUUUAUUUUUACGUGCAUUUUUAUAUUGUUAAGAAACUCAAAGAAAUGGCGUCAGAAGACCAUGUUUCAGAAAUUAACAUGGAACGUCUAUCUAUUAAUAACAAUGGCAGUGGUAAAAGAGAGAAUUAUAUAAGCUGGCCGGAAUAUUUUAUGGCUGUUGCAUUUUUAAGUGCAAAGCGUAGCAAAGAUCCGCGCACCCAGGUUGGUGCCUGUAUCGUAAAUGAAGAGAACAAAAUUGUAGGUAUUGGAUAUAAUGGAAUGCCAAUUGGUUGCAACGAUGAUCAAUUUUCUUGGAUCAAGGAUACCUCUGAUCCAUUAAGGACAAAGUCACUUUAUGUAUGUCAUGCAGAACUUAAUGCUGUUUUAAAUAAGAACUCUAGUAGUGUUAAGGGUUGUACGAUUUAUGUUGCACUUUUCCCAUGUAAUGAAUGUGCCAAGAUAAUAAUACAGUCUGGAAUAAAAUCAGUUGUGUAUGUAUCUGAUAAGCACUCACAUAAGAAAGAAACUAAAGCUGCAAAAAAAAUGUUUGAUGCAGCAGGUGUUGAAUACAGUCAGUAUGUUCCGAAAUCAAAACAGGUGAUAAUUGAUUUUACUGAAAUUGAUGGACAAAAGGAAACUAAUUGAUACAUGCAUGUAUGAUAGAAGGCAAUGUGACAUUUUGCAGAUUUUAAAUUGUAAUUAAUAUUAGUUGUUGACAAUACAAAUGUUGCUCGUGAUAUUGUUGAACUUUAUUCAAAAGAUUUGUUUUCAUUAUUUACAUGUAAAAGCGAAUGAAAUUGAUAGAAAGAAGAGACACUUUAUGGUAUACGGGAUUUUUACAGGUCUAAUUAUUUUAAAAUUUAGCGUUAUUCAUAUAAUGUUUCGUGGGAAAUAAAUAAAACAAUGUACAGGUAGCAAAAAAAUUUAGCAAUAAUACAAACAUUACUUUGCGGUGUUGCGAAAUAACAUUGUUUGCAAACUGAUUGCAAUUGUAUAUUAUACAGAUGUAAAUAGCGAUAAAGUAUGACAUGAUAAAAUUAUGUAACGAAUAUACUAUUUCCCCAAAAUGAGAACAUAGUGUCUUGGUAUUUUCACAGAACGAUUUAAAGAAGGGCAAUAGCUGACAUGUGAUAUAAUUCUCAUGUCUCAUUAUUAAUGUAACAACAAAGGAAUUAAACAAGAAUUUUUAUAUGAUAA